ACCCGCGUUCUCCGUUACUCGUGACACUCAUUCAAGUUAUUACACUAUCUAGUUACGAAAAGACAGACAAACAAUGGACACAGAUAACAACACAACCGGAGAAGCCACCGCCGACUCAGGACCCAACCACCCUCUUUUCCGUCCAGGCGUAUCGCUUCUUUCCCGCCGUAUCUUCAGCGGAUGCCGUCUCUUCAUCCAGCGCUGUCCAAGAUCCGAUCCAGAAAUCACCUCCCAACUCGAUCGAAUGCUCGCCAUCGUCGACGUCCUCGAAGCCGCAUCUCUCCGACUGGGUCCCACCAAAAGCCACACUGACCACUACUCUAUCCUCAAACUCAAACCCUCUGACGCCUCAAACCGCGACUUAGCACGUCAGCAGUUCAAGACCCUCGUCCGCCUCCUCGACCCAAACAAAAACAAAUUCCCUUUCGCCGAAGAAGCCUUAAUGCGAGUCCGUGAAGCUUGGUGCGUUUUAUCAGACCCGGUUCAGUUAGACCGGUUCGAACGCGAGAUUAACGGAACUAACGCUUCAACGGCGUCGUUUUGGACUAUGUGUCCUUAUUGUUGGUAUUUGCAUGAGUAUGAGAGGAAGUAUGAAGAUUGUACACUUCGAUGUAGUAAUUGUAAAAGGACGUUUCACGGUACGGCGGUGAAGCCGCCGGAACAGGAGUCGAUAGUGGAAGGGAAGGAGGAGUAUUAUUGUUAUCAUAUGAGUUUGCCUUUGAGGUAUCCUGUUCAUGAACGGUGUCGUUUUGAAUUGGGGGGUAAUGGUGGAAAGAGGAUGAGGAUUAAAACUGUGGCUAAUAGGAGAAGAAUGAAAGGGUUUGUUGAUCCUGAUAGUGAAUCGGAUUUGGAGAUGGAUAUAGAAAAGUGAAAUCGAAAACCCUAAUUUCUUGUGUGAUGUUUCUUUUUGGGUAUUUUUGAGGGAAAAGGGGGAACUUUUGUUGUGGAUUAUGUGUUUUUAUUAUGUUGUAUGGAAAGAGGCAUAUGCAUUGCUUGUAUGAUACAGAUUUUAGCAAUGUAGCUUCAACUUAUUGUGUUUUGUACAUAUUUUUAAGGACUAAUUGAGUUGACAAUGUAUGUUUUACUUAUGAGUAACUUGAGAGGAUGUGAUUCUUCUUUUCUU